GAGGGCUUUGGGCUUAGAUUGAACAAACAGCCACCAAAUAUAUCAUUUCGGAAAAAAGACAAAGGAGGAAUAAAUUUGAAUUGUAUGGUUUCUCAAUCAGAAUUAGAUUUAGAUACAGUAAGAUCAAUUUUGUCGGAAUACAAAAUUCACAAUGCUGAUAUUACCUUAAAAUAUGAUGCAACCAGUGAUGACCUAAUUGAUGUAGUGGAAGGAAAUAGAAUUUAUAUGCCGUGUAUUUAUUUACUAAAUAAAAUUGAUCAAAUUAGCAUCGAAGAACUAGAUGUUAUCUACAAAAUUCCCCAUUGUGUUCCCAUUUCAGCUCACCACAAAUGGAAUUUUGAUGAUCUCCUAGAAAAGAUGUGGGAAUACUUAAAACUCGUAAGAAUUUACACAAAACCUAAAGGACAACUCCCUGAUUACAAUUCUCCAAUAGUUCUUCAUGCCGAUAAAACAACAGUUGAAGAUUUUUGCAACAAGUUACAUCGGAGUAUAGCAAAAGAAUUUAAAUAUGCUCUUGUUUGGGGUUCUUCCGUGAAACAUCAACCUCAGAAAGUUGGGAAGGAGCAUGUUCUUGCUGACGAGGAUGUCGUUCAGAUCGUUAAAAAGGUGUAACACAGCUUUUCCAGUAAGCGGAACAUCAACAAUUGGUGUAUUUGUAUAAUAUUUAAGUGAAAAUAAUAUUAUAUAUGAUACAACAAAUGAAUUAUUUCUCUAGCAGUGCAAAUUUCUAUAAAAAUAAAAAGUAUACGUCUUGUUAUGCAUCCGUGUGUACUUCAUUGAGAAAUAAUAAAGAAAGACAGUACUGAA